AUGAUAAUAUCCAGGCAACAGCUGUUCAGCUGUGGCCAGCAGCUGUAUCCACUGAAGAGAGUGAAGCCGGAGCCAGAGCAGGAGCCUCUGUCCAUGCCACCUGGCUACUUCGCCCUGCACAUGGUUGACAGCACUGGCCUGAGUUUCCUGGGGGUCAUCCUGAUCCUGACCAAGUAUUACCAUGCUGACUCCACCAAGGUGCUGGAGAGCUCGCUGUGGAGGUCUUCAGACUACGGAACCACCUACACUAAACUCAACCUGAUGCCAGGCACAACCAUUGUGGUGACCAGUUUCUACAUCUGCCCAACCAACAAGAAAAAGGUCGUGCUUGUGGGCUCAUCUAUAAACGAACGGGACCAGAUGCUGUUCAUUAGCACUGACGAGGGUUCCUCCUUCCAGCGGCAGUCCAUCGCCUUCACCCCCGACACGCUCGUCUUCCACCCCAAAGAAGAAGACAAGCUUCUCGCCUACUGCAAGGAGGGCAGGGUCUUUGCUUCCACGGACCUGGGCCGCAAGUGGAAUUUGCUUCAGGAGCGUGUGACCAAGGACAGAAUCUUCUGGUCGGUAUCUGGUGUGGAUGUGGACCCGGAUCUGGUGCACAUGGAAAUGCAAGAUACAAGCGGAGGUUACCUGUACGUCACCUGCCUCAUCCAGAACUGCUCGGACAAAAUGGUGACGGCUCAGUUCCUCGGCAAAAUCGACCACAACUCUCUGGUGGUUCAGGACGACUACAUAUUUGUCAAGGUCACCACAGGAAAUCGGACCAAACACUACGUGUCCUACCGGCGCACCGAGUUUGUCCAGAUGAGGUUUCCGAAGUAUGCCUUACCAAAGGAUGUUCAGAUUGUGAGUACGGAUGAAAACCAGGUCUUCCUCGCCCUCCAGGAGUGGUACCAGUCUGACACUUAUAACCUGUACCAGUCCGACCCCCAGGGCGUCUACUACUCCAUCGUCCUAGAAAAUGUUCGCAGCACUAAGCAGCCGGAGGAGAACGUCCUAAUUGACAUCCUGGAGGUACGUGGAAUCAAAGGUGUCUUCCUGGCCAAUCAAAAGACUGACGGCAAAGUGGUGACUCUCAUCACCUACAACAAAGGAAGAGACUGGGAACCCUUGGCACCGCCUACCACGGACAUGAAUGGCAAGCCGGUUAGCUGCAAAGCGCCCGACUGUCACCUCCACUUGCACCUGCGCUGGGCGGACAACCCCUAUGUGUCUGGGACCGUGCACACCAAAGACUCAGCUCCGGGGCUAAUUAUGGGAGCCGGUAACCUUGGCUCCAAGUUAGUGGAGUACAAGGAAGAGAUGUACAUCACCUCAGACUGCGGGAAGACAUGGAGACAGGUUUUUGAGGAGGAGCAUCACAUCCUGUACCUGGACCACGGUGGCGUCAUCGUUGCCAUUAAGGACACCUCUAUUCCUCUGAAGAUACUCAAGUUUAGCAUCGAUGAAGGACAGACAUGGACCGUCCACAACUUCACCAGCACCUCAGUGUUUGUCGACGGACUCCUGAGCGAGCCAGGAGAUGAGACCCUGGUCAUGACCUGGUCUCACUCCUGAUUUCCUGCAAAGCCGUCUCCUCUUUUCACCUCCAG